AUGUUGCUAGAGUCCUUCGCAGCCUUAUUGGUAUUAGCUGCUGCUGCCAGUAGUCCGGACAUACACCGAGCCUGGAUCGAGCCUGAUGUGAACGAGCCCUCCGAUUGCGUUGUUCAGUUCUCUUUAUUCACCCUCUAUGUGGAGGGUCUCUACUUAGAGUCCGUCGACGCAGUAGCCUUGGUCGGGUACGAAGAUAGCUGUGCCAACGUCUCUGUUGGCAGCACGAAAUUCCUAUCUCGGUCCAGCCAAUGUGCCCCCGAGGUCCCUGGUCCAUACCCCAUCUCUACUGGAGCAACAAAGCUCCUAUGCAGUGUCACCGCCCGAGAACCUGGCAGUAGCAUGCCGUGUUUCUCGAUGGACUCGGGCCUUACCUUUCCGCUGGGUCUUGGCGCUAACCAAACCUCCCUCACCAUUAUACAGUAUGACACUUUCGCGAUGACUGAUGGUCUUGUCCCUCCUGGUAGGAAGUUCCCUGGAAAGGCCCAUGUCAACGCUAUCAGCACUAGAUCUAAUGGUAUCGUCAUUGUAGGCUACAGCGACGGCUAUGUUAGGCUUUGGGAUGGUGCAUCUGCGACUGAGCUCUGGAGUAGUCCAGCGAAUACCCUUGACAAGGUGCCGGUAACUGCUGUUGAUUCUCGUGGAGAUUUGAUGGCUAUUUCUGGCGCUAAUGGCCGCGCUAGUGUUUGGAACAUCACUGGAACAACAGCAUCAGAGUACUCUGUGCUCCGGGUUGACAAUGAGCCUAGCUCUUUCAACUGUAUUGCACUCUCGCCUAAUACAACUGAUAUCAUAGCCGUUGGUAGUGACCUCGGUAGGGUAUUCAUCUUCCGGGUGAGUGUCACGUUGUCACCUGUUGUAGGCAUGGCUCAAGUGGGAGAGCCAGUGUCCGUCGUCAAAUGGUGUCACAACGGCAUGUUUGUCGUGGUUGGUACUCUGGCCGGCAGCGUGUCUUGGUGGUCUCUCAUUGACCUCACUGAACCAUCAGCAGUCAUGGACGGCUUGUGUGGUGGGCGUGGUGGGGUUGCCGAUUUACAGUGUGCAACGUUUGCGUCUGAUGACGUGAGUUACGUGUUCGUAGCUUGUACUAGUGGCACUAUAACAGUCCUGCGCUUCGAUGACACUCUGAAGCCUGUUGUUUCAAAUACGUGGUCACUGCCUAACAAAACAGAGCGUGAUUCUCUAAUAGUAGCAAUGAGUCUGUCCUCCGAUCUGGAGUGGCUGGCUGUACGUGCGGUGGACUUUGUCUUCGUAUACGAUACGAAUGAGACUCUCAGUUCUGAGCAUCAUCCUGAGUUCUGGGAUGUUCUCAAUGGCUCGAGGUUGCUCACUGAAGGAUCCUCUUCGUGGUACGUAGUGGAGGCAGGUUCCGCUGGGAAUGCUCCGUUCGCUGGGAUCAAUCCCGUCGAUGGAAGUGUGAGCUUCUAUCCCUGCUGGCCUUCGCCUGAUGCUGAUCGUCGUAGUACAAUAGAGAACAUCAGCGAGCUCACUUGUGCGUCUUCAUCUGCUGCGCCAACGAUAGCGCUCGACGUAGUUUUACCUUGGGAGUUCACUGCUAUUCGCGGAUCCUAUACAGUCUCAAGCAUUGGUGCCAUCCCAGCUGAGGACUGUAGGAGUGGCCAGUUGCCAGUUACGGACUGGAUCUCCGCUCCUGGUUGGAAGUGGACUCUGGUUAGGACCUUCUCCAUGGCGGUCUCUUCUGACUGUAGUCCACUCGACGGUGGAGGUAGUCCAGGUUCCCAGCUUAUAACCCUGAAGCAGUGCCUGGACAUCUGUGUCUCGCUAGGACAUUCGAGCCGAGUGUGUAAUGUUGUCAACGCCCUGCCUAAGUUGGGUACAGUCGGGUUUGACAGGCUUGUAACAGUCUGUGACCUGCGCCACUGUGAUGACGUUACAGCAUUGCGCUUGCAAGCAACUACGAACAACAGUACAGAUGGGAAGGCUUUCGAGGUGUGGGGCCGAUAUAAUGGCUCUGCCUUCGGUGGUGGGUAUACUGCAUUUGGUACCCCUGACCGAGUGGUCUAUGGCGGAUGCAGUGUGCCUGGGGGGAAGGUCCCGCAUGGCAGCGCAGGUGGUGCGCUGAUGGUCCUCAAUGAGACCAUAUUCCGAUCGCAUCCCAGCAACAGACUGAGAUUCCAGGUUGCUCAGUCUAAUGCAGAAGAACGAGUGAUGAUACAUUCAAUACGUCUCGAGCUAUUGCGACAGCGCCCUCAACCAGUUCGUGUUAUCCGAGAUCCUCUCGUGUCGUCUAGUGGUGACAGCGAAGUUGACGCUAACUCGCGGAGGGGAGGCGAAGUGAGCGGUGCUUCAUCUAAGGGAGCGAUCGCUUGGGGACGGGCUAACGAUGCUACAGCCAGUCCAUGGUUGUUCUUUUCCAGCCGGGACCUUUCUGUGGCGGCCUUCGAUCUUCGUGGUCUCUAUUUGCAAGAGGUGCCAGAUGCUACUGGAACGCAAUAUAUGUGGUGGAAAUGGAAACCAACCGUGGUUGAAGACGUCCGUCGGAACAUUGCCCCUCAACGGCCGUCGUCAAUAUUCGUAGCUGGAGUUGGCCUCGACCUGACGUCCACUAUAAGGAUCAAUCAAGUGCCGUACUGUGGUGCAAUGGACUCUCGGUAUCAUCAUAGCGCGGUUAAUGUCCCCAACGAUAUCCCUAUUGUGACAAUCCAGGGGACUUUGAACAUCACUGUCUUGGAAUGGACCAAUGAUGCGCUGUGGUCGAAUGGCCUCGCGGGCCUGCUUGUUGUCUCUGGUCCCGAUUAUGAUAGGAAUUAUCACGUUUGCCGCUGGGGUUACGCUUGUGUCAUAUCUAACUAUGUUGGUCAUGGUCUCCAGCAAGAUGAUCGUCUCCGGCUUUCCCCUUUCACUGGUGUAGAUUCUGGUCUCCGGCUGAUCCUGCUAUAA